CCAUGGAUGAAGAAGAUACGGCAGGGUACCGGGAGCCCUGCGCUCAGUGUGCCCGUGUCAACUGGGGCAUCUCCAAUGAGGGUAGCUUCUACUGCAGGUCCUGCCACAACGUCAUCGAGAGAACCAGACAGGUGGAGGACACCACCCUCAGUCAGAGCUCCAGCAGAGUCACCACCCUCAGCAAAGGUCCAAGAACCAAGAAGGCAGAGCGCGGCUACCCCUGGACCGUCUGCGAGGCGUUCCAGUUCAUCCUGAAGAACCAGGCCGACGCUCUGCUCGGACUGGGCCUCGGUCCUCGCUUCAAGGACCCGGUUCUGUGUGGGCUGUGGAGACUCUACCUGCAGAGGAGCCAGCAGGCGUACUGCCAGAACCUGCGGACCAGUUUAGAGUUCGGGCUGAGAGGCGUGGAGUCGGACCUGGACAGCGCAGCCGAGUCCUCCAGCGUGCUGUCAAUGGACGGCGAGUCGAACCUGUCCAGCACCGCCGGUUCUGAAGCAGAGAGCGGCCCGGCGGACCGCCUCAACCGGUCCAGGCGGUACCGCGGCCGGAUGAGCAUGAAGAAGACUCUGGCUCUGAUCCACCUGGCGCUGGCGUGGAGCGGCGAGGCGCUGACACUCAGCGACCUGCUCAGGCUGGUGAAGGGCGGCUUCGUCCCGUACGUGAACGCCUACGAACAACUUCCUGACGAGAUGAAGCUGUUUGGAAAAGCAGCGCUGAUCUUCAGCACCGAGAGGAUCCCGUCCUACAGCUCGGUCCACUUGGAGGCUCAGGAUCUGGUUCUGUUCCUGGACCUCCCCGCUCUCCCUCCGGUCCACCCUCAGUCUCUGCUCCAGCCGGCGGCGCUCUGCCUGCGUUACCUGACGGACGCCAAUCUUCCCGAUGAGCUGCACAGGUGGGUCUGCGGGCUGAUGGAGCGAGCGGGAGCCGCCGCCGACCCGUUAAACUCAAAGCGGCGCCCCGACCUGCCGCGCCCCGACCUGCGGACCGCCGCCUCCAUCUUGGUCACCAUGAAGCUGAUGUUCGGUCUGGACGACUGCACCGAGUGGGACUUAUCGACCGUAGUCGGCCUUCAGGACCCCUCAGGAAACCUGUUCAGCUUCAGGAGGUGGUUCAGACUCAUGCAGGCCACUCUGAGCCGGGCUCAGCAGGACCGGGACCGGGACCUCAGCAGGAAACAGUGGAGGCCGAAGAAUCCCAUCGUCGUCAACAGGAAGGAGAAAUACUUAAUGACGAAGAGGAAACGAGUCUCCGAGCAGCUGCAGGUCUGCUUUGAGAAGCUGUCCUCCUGUCCAGCAGGCGUUCAGGACGUCCGUCCAUCCAGCUUCAGGUUCUGCUGGGGGGACGAGGACGGAUCGGAUGGUCCCAGUCUGCACCACAUGAAGCUGGACGCAGUCUUGACCGGGGAAGGCGGCGUCCUGACCCCCUCAAACGGCUCGUACUGGCACCCAGCGCUCCAACCAUGCCGGAUCCGGCGAUGUUCGGCUCGGUGUCGUUACGACUAUCUGGAGCCGACGCUGCCGCGCUCCUUCGUGUGGCUGCUGCAGCUCUUCUGCUUCCUGCUGGACGUGGAGGUCUGGACUCUGUUCAAGGAAGUGCUGAGUGUGGAGAGACGGCUGUUCUGCACCUCCUUACCUCAAGACCGAAAACUCCUGAAGGCCAGGAGCCGGACGAGGAGGAGCCAAAGUUCAGCUAAAAGUCUGAACAAGAAGCCGAGGACCUGA